UCUGCUCCAAACAAGGCCACUGCAGCAGGCGGGCUCUCUAUAAAAGCUGAAAUCAUUUAUCCAGAGGGCCAUACCCAAAAUGGAGCACUGAAGGGUUGUCCAGAUCUCUCUGUGUAUCAUUUGGACAACCCUUCAGUGUUCGUCAUGAUCUCAAAGGCGAAAUCACCCUCCCUGCGAGCCACACUAAGAAACGGACAGACUCUCCCUGGAAUGCCGUGGAGGGAAUCUGACAGGAGAGAGCUCCAACAGGGAGGGCAGAUGCAGAUAAUCUGU